AUGCAUAUUAACCAAACUCUUGGCAUCGCUCCGAGCAAUCUGGACCGAUUCCCAGACGACGCCAUUGCAGUCGUUGGUGCCGCCUGCCGGCUUCCUGGUGCCAGCUCGUUGGAUGAGCUCUGGGAUAUUAUCUCACAAGGCCAAAGCAAAGCAGAGAAGCUUCCUAACGAUAGAUUCGAUAUCCAUGGAUCAUAUAGGGCGUAUCAAGAUCCAGAAUGGAUGAAAACCCGGGAGUUCUACGGAAACUUCAUCGACAGUGUAAAGGGCUUUGACAACACCUUCUUCGGCAUCAGUCCCCGAGAAGCAAUGUACAUGGACCCUCAGCAGCGAAUUCUGCUAGAGACGGCUUUCGAAGCUAUGGACUCGAGUGGUUACCUUCGACAUCAUAGACGCGACCGCGGGGACCCUGUCGGAUGUUUCAUUGGAGCCAGUUACACCGAGUAUCUCGAGAACACAGCCGCCUACCCUCCUUCUGCUUUCACCGCCACGGGUACCAUUAGGGCCUUCUUAUCGGGCAAAAUCAGCUAUCAUUUCGGUUGGACUGGCCCAUCUGAGGUCAUUGAUACCGCAUGCUCGGCCUCGCUCGUUGCCGUGCACCGAGCUUGUCGAGCCAUUAGCGCCGGCGAGUGUCCUAUCGCCUUGGCGGGUGGCGUGAACAUCAUCACCGGCAUAAACAAUUUCUUCGAUCUCGGAAAAGCUAACUUCCUCAGCAAGACUGGCCAGUGCAAGCCAUUUGAAGACUCCGCAGACGGUUACUGCCGGGCAGAUGGUGUCGGCCUAGUCGUUUUGAAGUCUCUCCGCAAGGCAGUCUCAGACGGAGACCACAUAUUUGGCGUCAUUCCAUCCGUAGCAACAAACCAAGGCGGUAUUGGCGCGCCCAGUAUCACCGUUCCUGAUGGGGCUUGCCAGAAAGCGCUAUACAGAACUCUACUUCAAAAAGCAGGCAUGAAGGCGGACCUCGUCACUUAUGUCGAAGCCCACGGAACGGGCACGCAGGUGGGAGACCCCAUUGAGAUCUCCAGCAUACGUGAGGUCUUUGGGGGUGAUCAACGAUCCAACCCAUUAUACAUCGGUUCUCUCAAGGCAAACAUUGGCCACAGCGAGACCGCUGCGGGUGUGGCAAGCCUUAUCAAGGUUCUCGCAAUGCUCCGCAAUCGCGCUAUUCCGCCUCUGCAAGGCUUUAAACGUCUUAAUCACAAGAUACCUCCACUGGAUGAGGAACGAAUGCGCAUCCCAACAAAGUUGAUUCCAUGGAAUGCUGUGUCCCGGGUUGCCUGUGUGAACAGCUACGGAGCUUCCGGGAGUAACUCAGCGUUGCUAUGCGCCGAAUGGCAUGGAAAAAACAACAAACUGUCCAAUGACAACAUCAAUCCAUCUGCCCUGGAGUACCCUAUCCUCUUGAGUGCGGCGUCAAUCGAUAGUUUACAAAGAUAUGCCAGGGCUUUGGCUGCACAUAUCACGAAGCAGACCCCGGAUUUAACGCUUGGCGAUUUAUCUUUCACACUGAGCGAGCGCCGGAAACAUCACCACGUCCGGUUGUCACGGACCUCGACUGACCUCGCCGGGCUGAUACAUCAACUACAGAACUGCCGUUUGCAGGACUUUUACGUAACGCCUGGGAACAUCAAGCACGUUGUACUUGUAUUUUCCGGUCAAAGUAGGAAAACCAUAGCCGUUGAUCCUUCCGUCCGCCAACAGAACCCUCGCUUCGAGCAUUACAUCCAGGCUUGCAAUAAUAUACUCAGAAGCUUUGGAUGUCCUGACAUAUUGCCUUUUCUGAGUCAGACUGAGGCCAUAUCUGACCCCACGAUUCUGCAAUGCGGAACUGUUGCUGUGCAGUAUGCUUGCGCGCAGUGCUGGAUUGACGGCGGUCUCGAGGUUGCCAGCAUUGUUGGCCAUAGCUUGGGCGAACUCACGGCGUUGGCCGUCUCAGGCACUUUAUCUCUUGUUGAAACACUGAAGGUUGUCUUCACAAGAGCCGAACUGAUCAAGAGCCGAUGGGGCUCAGAGCGUGGAACCAUGUUGGCAAUCCACGCUGACCUAGAGACUGUGCGUUCCAUCAUGGACGCUGUCGAAACAAUAAUUCCGAGCCCACAAGGAGCCUUAGAGAUUGCCUGCUACAACAGCACCAACAGUCACAUUGUUGUUGGCACAGAAGAAUCAGUUGCCGCUGCCGAAAACAUUAUCCAGCGAGACAACAGAUAUCAGGGCCUCCGAUUCCAGCGCCUGAACGUGAGCCAUGGCUUCCACUCUCGCUUCACACAGCCUCUCCUACAGGGUUUGGCAGAGUUAGAGAAUACCCUUCAUUUCAAGAAGCCUGUCAUUCCUUUGGAAACAAGUACUCGGAACCAGGUUGCAUUCGGCGACAAGUCAACUACGCAAUAUCUCGCCAAACACGCCAGGGAUCCGGUGCAUUUUGUCGACGCGGUUCGCCGGUUGGAACAGAGGCUCAAUGCAUGCGUCUGGCUGGAAGCGGGGUGGGCUACGCCUGUCGUCGCCAUGACUAAGAGAGCCGUUGCAAACAUUGAUAUACACACCUUUCAACCGGUUUCAUCUAUAGCGACAGCUGUCUCGGAGCUUUGGCGCGAAGGCGUUGCCGCUACACACUGGAGCUUUCUAACUGCCAAGGAGAGCGGCAUAAAACACGUAUACCUCCCUCCGUACAGCUUCGAUCGUCCAGAAUACUGGCUAGGGCAUGUGGACCGCGCAACAGAGGAACGCAAAAUUGCAAGAUUACCAAAGCACGGCAGCAAAGACACUUCAGAUAGCCGAAGGACGAAAAGUCUUGUCAGCCAUACAGGGACUCUCGGCUCUUCACAUCAGUUUCGCCUCCAUACAGACACAGAACGGUAUAACAGGAUUGUACAAGGCCAUGCUGUACGUCGGAAGCCAUUGUGCCCGGCUUCCGUGUAUAUGGAAGCUGCAAUCAUGGGUAUUGAGCAGCUGGGUGUUUCUGCUAGAGGCAAGACUCUCACAUUCGAGAAAGUAGUGUUCGACCGGCCACUCGGCUGCGACCCCAACCUCGAUGUGCAGCUCAUUCUUAACAAGCUUUCCGAUGCUGAAGAAGGAGUGUGGAACUACGCUGUCCAGUCUUCCCUUAGGCAAGGUCACUCGAAAGGGGCACUAAGUGUUUCGAGCUUGACGAAACCCGACUUCCGGAUAUAUGAAAUGCUUCUGAUGGACAAAAUGGAAUCGCUAAAGAAAGACCCUAAUACUGAGAGGCUCAAAAAAACGACUGCCUAUUCUGUCUUUUCUAAAGUCGUCGAAUAUGCCAGUCUACUCCAGGGAAUCUCAAGUAUAACAUUGUCAGAUAAGGAAUCUCUGGCACACAUCAAAGUUCCGAGAACGACUUUCGAGAACCCAGAGAGCACAGUUACCGACUUUUGUGACGCCAUCACGCUGGACACAUUUAUUCAGGUAUUAGGCUUGCUUGUCAACUGCAACGCCAGUUCCAGCUCCGAGGACGAGAUCUACGUUGCUUCUAGCAUCGGCAAGAUGGUGGUUUCCCCCACAGAUUUUCUGAGACAGCAGACUUGGGACGUGUAUGCUGCGUACUCGAACAUUGAUCAUAAGACAUCCAGUGGUGCCAUAUUUGUUUUCUCCGAAGACGGCAAGUUAAGGACCUUUGCAACAGAUGUUUGUUUCGUUCGGAUUCAAGCCACCAGGUUGGAGCGGGUCCUGAAGGCUGCUAAUCCAGGCCUUGGUCUCCCAACUGCAACAGAGUCUAUUCCUCUCAGCAACAGCACAGCCAUCUCGGAGCCUAGCUUUGGUCAACAGGUGAUAGUCAGCAGCACUAGCAUAACCUCCAAUAUGGCGAACCCGGCGCCUUUCGACUCUAAAGGCAGAGACCAGAUAUCUGUCAAGAUCACCGAGCUGAAGUCUCUCAUCUCCUCCUAUACCGGAGUCCCUCUGUCAGAAAUUAAGGAAGACCAAAGUUUGAGCGAUAUGGGCCUGGAUUCGCUGGCUUCUAUGGAACUGACAGAUGAAAUUGGGUCAAAGCUGGGCCUCAGGGUUCAGACUGAAGACCUCUUGCUGGAUACUGUUGGGUCCCUUGUGAACCUUUUGCAAUCUUCAGGAUCGGUGCCCAAUUCCGAGAAACAGGCAACAAGCAGCAAAUCCGAAAGUGAUCACACACCCCCUGAAUUUUCAAAUGCUACAAGAGAUGUUACUGUUGGGGAAAAUGUGGGCACAGCAUUGGAGCUAAACCAUCAUCCGAAUUUCGAAAUGGAAAAUGGCCAGAGUGGCUCCUGGGCAAGGCCAGUGAGUCCGCUAAGCACUAGAUUUCGAUUGGAGACAACAGUCUACAAACAAGUUGACGGAGUCGAGAUACUAGCCGAUCUCUACAUCCCAACAGAAAUGCCUCCUCGACCGAUGGCCGUGGGUAAGCAGCUUCUAUCCUCCUUUCAGUAA